AUGAUCGCGGCAACGUUUGUAUUCAUUUUGACCGUGACCACAAUGACGUCGGGUUAUGUCACUAAAAAUCCCGCGUACUUUAAAAACGACGAAACAACUGCGGCCAAUGCACAACAAGACGAUUCUUCUUGGUUCGACGAUAAGACGAACGCAAUGGAAAUUAGAACGAAAUUAUGCACGCAGCAACCGGAUUCCAUUUGGUGUCGACCGUCUCUCGAGCACUCGGAAGAAAUAGACGGCCACCGUGCCACUGAAUCCCCAGCCGAUACGAAAACCGCUACCGGUAGUUCGGCGAUACCGAUGGAAAUCAUGGACGGUGAUUCGUCUGAUGCCAGUAGCAGAAAGAUCCAAAGAAACGCGCCGAAAUCGCUUUACAAGGGUGUAAUAACAUCACCGCCCAUUGUUCCUAAACCGUCUAUCGGUGCGAUUUUACCAAAACAGACCACGGAAAGCACGUUAAACGUAACCAAACCGAUAAUGGACAAUCGAUUUGAUAAUCUAACCGCAGAAAACAUCGAUUUGCUAAGGUCGUCUAUCCGGCACUCGAUAAACAAGUCGCUAAAGAAGACGCUAAACUCGUUUAUAACAUCAAUACGGGCAACCAACACAGCCGGGAAAUUCACGGACAAAAAAAAUCCUACGAUAGAAAAUUCGCCGAAUGUAGAGAACAAUGAAGUAAACGAAGACAAAGAGGAAAUCGCCCUCUGGAUGAUCCUAAUCUUUUUACAAAAAUCAUUGGAAGCGUUGAGCUCAUAA